AUGGGUCCGCGUAGGACGCAUCAUAAGUCACGCAAUGGCUGCCCUGAAUGCAAGUCACGCCGGCUGAAGUGCGAUGAGCGUUAUCCAUGCACCAAUUGUGUCAAACACGCUAUUCAGUGCAGCUAUGUUGCGCCUAAUGAUAAUGCAGUGUCACCUGUCUCAAGUGUAUCCCCAGCCACGCAGUCGCAGACUCAUGGCCAGGACACCCGUCAGGUCUACUCGUUUCCCCAACAUGCACACUGUGCGCCGACUCGCAAUGGCAGCUACCCCUGGGCACUGGACAACGGAGACAUCAGACCCGAAUCUGAAAAUAGGCUAGAGUUUCUGGGAACCUUGCCCAGCUCAUCAUUGGAUUCCCCUGUCCCGGAAGAAGAUUGGGGCCUUGACUUGGAAUUGAUGCACCAUUAUUGUACGGUGACAUGCAACACCUUGUCACUACGCGAAGACGCACGCCAUGUCUGGCGCGUUGUUGUGCCCACUGAAGGUUAUUCUAAUAAGUACCUUACGCACGGGAUUCUCGCUAUCGCAGCCGUUCACCGUGCAUACCUCUAUCCGAUGUCCGCACAAAAGGAGAAAUACAUCAAGGCCUCUGCAUAUCAUCUUGCUGCAGGUCUCAAAGAGUUCCGAGAACUCAUCGCAUCCCCCAUCGACCCUGCAAAUUGGCAACCGGUUUUUUGCUUUGCAUCCAUGAUUUCGAUACAUCUGUGUACUGUCCCGAUUCGACUCGGUGUCUCUCGAUGGCCGAACCCAAUCGCGAAUGCUGUCGAGCUGUUUGCUAGCGUGAAGGGUUUACAGGCCAUUAUGAAACCAUUCCUUCCGUCACUUGGAAGAACACAGUUGGCUCCAAUGGCAAAUUCUGUAUGGCUUGAAAGCGAAAUGCGUGUUCACAGCCCUUCUCUUGCAGCACAGUCACUCUUACCAACGGAUAUCUGGACUCAAAUAUCCCGCCUCCAUCGAUUCAUCGAAGAGUACCCAUUCCCGGAAACGACGAGUAAAGACGACCCCACAGAGAAACACUCCGACCAUCGGAAAGAUUACGAAUCCGCGCUCAAGUUCUACGAGAACUCUACUAGACAAAUUGAACUUGCCGGACCUCAUGUGGAAGCGGGCAUGGUCUUCCUAUGGGCCUACCCGCUCUCUAAGCAGUUCCAUGAAGACUUACAGGCGCGUAAACCCGCGGCACUCGUCCUUCUUGCACACUACUGUGUCCUCUUACAGGCGGUUGAUCACAAAUGGUAUUUGAAUGGCAUGGCAUGCCAGCUGCUAGAGGAUAUUGAGCGCAAUAUACAUCCUGGGUACCAAGACUGGCUGGUCUGGCCCAAGCGGUGGGUAUAUAGGAGAUGA